AUGCCACAAAAUGAGUAUAUUGAGUUACACCAAAAGCGCUAUGGGUACCAUUUGGAUUACCAUGAGAAAAAGAGAAAGAAAGAAAGUCGAGAGGCUCAUGAGCGUUCAAAGAAGGCAAAGAAGAUGAUUGGUCUGAAGGCAAAGCUCUACCAUAAGCAGCGUCAUGCUGAGAAAAUACAAAUGAAAAAGACUAUCAAGAUGCAUGAAAAAAGAAACACCAAACAAAAGAACAAUGAGAAGACUCCACAAGGGGCAGUACCUGCCUAUCUGUUGGACAGAGAGGGGCAAUCCCAAGCUAAAGUACUUUCCAACAUGAUUAAACAAAAACGCAAAGAGAAAGUGGGAAAAUGGGAAGUCCCUCUCCCCGAAGUUCGUGCCCAGGGAGAAACAGAAGUACUGAAAGUUAUUCAAACAGGAAAGAGAAAAAAAAAAGCCUGGAAGAGGAUGGUUACUAAAGUGUGCUUUGUUGGAGGUGGUUUUACACGAAAACCACCUAAAUAUGAAAGAUUCAUCAGACCAAUGGAUAUGCCCAGGUUACCAACAAUCCUGAAAAUGAUGGCUGCAUAA